CACGCCAAGGUAUAGAUUGUAAAAAUUCCGACCUUAAAGCACUUUUCACACCUAGGUAUAGAUUGUUGAGAAUGCCGACCUUAAAGCGCUCUUCACGCCAAGGUAUAGAUUGUAAAAAUUCCGACCUUAAAGCACUUUUCACACCUAGGUAUAGAUUGUUGAGAAUGCCGACCUUAAAGCGCUCUUCACGCCAAGGUAUAGAUUGUAAAAAUUCCGACCUUAAAGCACUUUUCACACCUAGGUAUAGAUUGUUGAGAAUGCCGACCUUAAAGCGCUCUUCACGCCAAGGUAUAGAUUGUAAAAAUUCCGACCUUAAAGCACUUUUCACACCUAGGUAUAGAUUGUUGAGAAUGCCGACCUUAAAGCGCUCUUCACGCCAAGGUAUAGAUUGUAAAAAUUCCGACCUUAAAGCACUUUUCACACCUAGGUAUAGAUUGUUGAGAAUGCCGACCUUAAAGCGCUCUUCACGCCAAGGUAUAGAUUGUAAAAAUUCCGACCUUAAAGCACUUUUCACACCUAGGUAUAGAUUGUUGAGAAUGCCGACCUUAAAGCGCUCUUCACGCCAAGGUAUAGAUUGUUGAGAAUGCCGACCUUAAAGCGCUCUUCACGCCAAGGUUGUAGAUUGUUGGUAAUGCCGACCUUAAAGCGCUCUUCAUGCCAUGGUGUAGAUUGUUGAAAAUGCCGACCUUAAAGCGCUCUUCACGCCAAGGUAUAGAUUGUUGAAAAUGCCGACCUUAAAGCGCUCUUCAUGCCAAGGUAUAUAUUGUUGAGAAUGCCGACCUUAAAG